CUCAUUGUCCUUAUCAGACUCAUUGUCAUCUUUUGAGGGAGGACAAAAAAUACGACGAUGCUGCGCUCCCACCUGGACACAACGUACACCGCGCUGCAGGGCUCUGGGCGCACGCCAUCCUACCCGUCGAAUUUCCCUUGGGAUUACAGCCGCGAAGCAAGUAAGACGAGCAGGAGACCGGACCAGGAAUUACCGACCACCUGCUUCUACUCGGAGCAAUCGCAAGAUGUUCAUCCGGGCCGUGGCGGCAAAAAUGGCCGUGGAAAUGGACUGCAAACCAGGUUUGUUGAUCUGCGCGGCAAAACAACCAGCUUUCAAGGUACAGAAGGGUUUUUAUGUUUGCAAUAAGAAUGAGCACAUUGACAUUCCAUAUGCGAACAGCAUGUUUAUGUCUUCUCACUUUUAAUACUUUGACUUUCAACAAAGUUAUGGCAGGCGGCGGCAUGGAUACUUCUAUGGGCAGCGGCGGCAUGGGUGGCGGCGGUAUGAAUGGUGGAGGGAUGAACGGCGGCGGCAUGAACGGCGGCGGCAUGAAUGGUGGAGGCAUGAACGGAGGCGGCGGAAUGGGCGGUGGUAUGGCAGCUCCCGUGUUGGGCGAGGAGGCGACGUCUUCGAGUCAAAGCUCGUAUCCCAGAGAGAAGUACCCCCAUAAUGAACAUUGCUUUGCUGGUUAUUUAUUCGUUCACAUCAAACCGCUGAUCCGCAACAGAGUCAAUAUCCUCGUCGUGGUAAAUGGAGAAUGUAAUGCGGACUAGCAUGACAAUGACUAAGACUAACAAAAAGUUCUCCAAAAAAUUUGUCAUGCUGGACAGCCAACGCGAUGAUACAGAGAGCAGCAUGACAAGCUUGUUCAAUGAUCUUUUUUACUAUGGGUGUAGUACUUUUCUUUAGGAUAGCUCGUACAUGAUCGACGGGAAGCUGUACGACACCGGAAAGGAUAAGAAGGAAUGCAACCAGGCGUGUGAAAUGCUCUUCGACGAUAUUGGUACUACUACAUGUGUAAAUAUUUGUUCUUUAAUACGCAUCAAGAUAGUUCGCGUAUCAAUCUGUGUAUCUGUCUAGUGUCAGGCCGCCCAGGUGGUUGUCUAAUUCGAAUGCAUGUCUGAUCGCAUGAAGAGUUUUGAAGAAUGAAACACAUACAAUUUUGAUUUUCCUCACCCUCCUGCCCAGCCGUCCUGAACCGGCAGGCCGAAAAAGCCCGGGCGACGAAGGAAGCGACCGCGGAGAUCGGUGGGGCCGCCGGCGGGGAGGGCGACUUUAUUUCGAAGGGAGUGGGCACGAUUAUGGCGUCCUCAAACGUUACAUUCUCAACUGUUACAUGAAUUUGUGAUGCACAAAUAGCAAGAGUGAAAGAGAAAGGGGGAACAUUGCGCCUCUUGCAAUACAGGUUUGGCACAGAUUUAGAUGCUGUUUAGCCCUUCCGAAAUUUAUCAUGCGAAGCAACUUACUUGAUGGUGUAGAUUCUGAUGAGAGUUUUGCAUGACAAAUUAUGUAACAGUUGAGAACGUUUGAGAACACCAUAACGAUUACGGCCGCCAAAGGUGCGAUGGGAUCUGCGCAGGACCUGAUGGGGGGCAAGUCCGCGGAUGAUAUUGUGAGGAAAAAUCCCCCCUCCCCAUAUCAAAACGGGAUACUUCUGAAAAUUUGUGAUGCUGAUUUGAGACCACAAAUCGCCCCUGUAUUGCAAGAAGGCAAAUCCAAAAACUCCGCCGCAUUCUCCUGCAGGCAAUUUGUAAUGCUGUAUGGCCUACGGAGGAUGUUCCUCCCUUGCUAGGCGCCUACACCAGAACGCCCCUACUCCGGCUUUGUGUCUAGUUGCAGUCUUGUACGGCAAGACAAAGGCGAUUUGUGUACACAAAUCCCGCAUCACAGAUUUCCAUUUCGAUAUGGGGAGGGGGGAUUUUUCCUUUUGAUAGAUGAUGAAAAGCGCGACUGCACCAAGCACUGCACGAACACCUUCGGCUGGUUCUGUAUCGCAAGAAAAAACUGUUUCACUGUGAACUUGUGAUGCAUAGAAUGGAACACAGAACUAUUUGUCUUGCUACACCUGCAAGACCUUGACUCUUGAGAGGUGUUUGCCCUUUGAAAGCGCGCAUGGCAAAUUUUCUGUGUCAUGUGUAACAAACUUGUGAUGCAGAUCUUGCAAAAUCAUCACAGUGAAGCAGUUUUUUCGUGGGAUAUUCUGGGAGAAAGACACAGUGUGUUUUGCGGGAAGCGCCAAGGUGCUGGUGCGGAGAGAGAAGAUGCAGAAAUCCUCCGGUGGUAGGAAGAAGGCCGCUGCGGGAGCUGGAAAAAAUCCAGAAGCCAGUUGUGGUUUUUUAACACAGGAGGAGCUCGGGAACCAUUCGUCCAAGGUGACUUCUACAAGAACCACGCCGCGAGCCAGAAGCAACAACAGGUUUGGAGGUUCCUGUUGUCACGGCGCACCGGCAUUCGAAGAUGUAUCACCUCCCUGCUGUCCAACUCCAAGCACGACGGAAUACGAAGUUUCGGAGGUCGAAAUGCGCGAGCUGGCGGUGGGGGACGAGAUAGCAGUGGGGAAGACGAGCGAUGGACAGAUGAAAUGGGAGAAGGUACUUACUUGUUCUUUCGACAGUAUGUCUUGUAUGAUUUAGUUUUUCAUGCUGCUGCAGGAGUCCGAGUUUGUCACACGAUCCUAGACAUACAGUCGUGCAGCUCGUUGCGCUGCCGGCUCGUCGUCUUCCCGUUUAAUUAUUUCGAUAAGGUCUUGCCCAAGGUUUGUCUUGCUAGUUUUUGGGUCCUUGUGUUGUAUAUAUAAUCUUGUUCUCGAUACUCAUAAAAGAAUCUAUGCAAGAGAAGUUCGUGCGUUGCGGUUGGCCUCUGAGAUUGAUCACUUUUUUUCCCGCUCUCCAGGUUCUCUGCUGGCUGCACCGGGACGAGUAUCAACUGCAAAUGUGUUUAGGUCCGGAAGGCUGCAGAGGAAAGAAUGUCGCAUUUGCAUUUGCUCCGACCGACGAGCUCUGAAAAUAAACAGCGCAAAGAACAAUUCUUACAGAGUUACGAAUGCUCUCCCAUAGAUACGUACCUUUCCGGUAUGAGCAAAGCUCCCCUCGUCUUUCGGUCGUCACACAAAGAGGACAGACUUUGCUAUUAAUUUAUGCAAGACCACGGACUCUGAUGUUCAUGUUUUGCUUUUGUCGUGUCAGCCAGCGCCAGCAUAAGCAACAAGGUAGCAUCACAAGUUUACAACAUGGUCUUUAUUCUAAGUACCUAGAUCCAAACAUAUUUGCAAUGCAUAACAAGACGGCAGAUUGCUGCUUCCUCGAGGUUGAACUUCAGCCGGAUCUUAUCCUGUCGAAAAACUGACCGCCAAUCGGGACUUGUCAUGCGAAUCUGUGUUUGAGAAGUCAAGUUGUCAUGCGCUCAUGAGGAUACCGAUACCUUUACUUAUGCAUACGCAACGAUCACGUGUCAUUUGAUGCGGCCACGCUAGGCGGUUUUUACUUACGGAUAUUUGGCGAGUGCUGUUUUGUAAUGCCUGACUCCCGAUAGUACCGUUGCAGCUCGAGUACCACGGUUGUAGUGUACUAGCAAAAUUCUUUACUCCCAGCUGGACAAUGAGGUACGUUUUUGCACAGGAUAGCACUGGGCUCCGAAUUUCUCUUCAGCUCCGACGAAAGUGGGAAAGUAGACGCCGGUGACGACGGACCUUUUUCUGCUGCCGAUAAUAGUGCAAGAACAUACGAGUCCUGCGAGACGACGACUUCGAGAACGUACUCGUCCUCUUCUAUGAGAUUGCACAAUUUCUCGUCCCCGUCGUCCCACGCUCAUUUGCAAACGCAUACUUAUUAAACUACAGCGACACAACAUCAAGUACUAGGAGAGAUGCACGUGUGGCCUCCGCAUGACAAACGCACGCACCGACUGUAGUCGUUGGUGCGGUCCUCGUUUGGGCUUCGGAAAAGUGGCUUGCAGAGUGAUAAACAAAAGGCAAGAAAUGGUGGAGGUCGUGUCUUGCAUGAGAAAUGAGACCGGGUCGUAAAAGAAGGAGAGUUCGUGUGCACUUUCAUAGAUACGACCAGGUCUCCAAGACGAGCGUGGAGAAAACAGUUGUCCUCACGUCUUACAACUCCACCACGGUUCGGAAAGAACUACAGCAUGCCAGUCAGGCUUCGGACCUCCCGCGCGCACCUGGUUUUCAGCGCCGACCGGGGGGAGUUCGUCCGCGCGAAGGACCUGAUCCCUGCUGAAUCCGAAUUGGAAGUGAUUGCAGUAGUAGACGGGAGAUGCGAAAAUGAUAAUCGGGUUCACGUGCUGGGCGGCGAGGACGAGGAGCAGAUGAAGUUGUGCAGCUGGUGGACCAACACGCAGCGAGAGAAAGAAGGAAACGCGGGCUUUUCGUCCAAGAGCACAGCACGACCUUUCGUCCAGGGUGUUGACCAUCGCGCGAGGACGGGGGGACCGACAGGUAUCAGUGCAGGAGCAGUUGUCAGCACACCACUAGCUGCACCACCGACCGGGCGGAGCGAAGAAACGGUGGCUCCUUCGCCAACAACUACAACAUCAACUUUGCGCCGCAUUAGGACGAAACAAACCUUUCUCCGCGUGAAGACCGUGCGCGAGGUCUACGAGCGCGGGUUUUACUGUCCCUUGACUUCCAGUGGGGAACUGCUGGUGGACAAUGUGAGGUGCUCUUGCUACGCAUUACCCGAGGCAUAUCACGACAUGUACUCCCACGUUUUCAAGCUCGUAUCCAUGCAGGCCGCGUGUCACUACGGGGUCUGGCCGCUGCGGAAGUACCUCGAGACAUGCGGUUCAACGAGUGUAUGCACUGCAAAUUUGAUAAGCCUGGGUCUGGUGGAACAAAAAGGCUGCAGCACGUUGGUUGGUUGGAUAGCGCCUGUCGCCGGAGCAGAUAGUAAAGAUUCUUUGCCUUUUAUGCGAGAGCGCAGUUUGCGUUUCUUUUGUUCCCAUACUGAAUGUUACGCAGCACUGACUUGGCAGAUCAAAAAUUGUCAUGCUCGGCUGCCUGGUGGACGAGGCCGCCCUUUGAUACUCACAGCCUAUCUUCACCACCUUCCACAAGAUGCAGGCAUACUUUUGCAAUCCAUAAUAGAGUUUGAUGAUGGAAAACCAUCAUGCAGAGCAGCGGCGGAGAAAUGGAACUGCGGCAAUAGAGAAUGUUGCUGCGCACCUCCAGGAUACUGCUUGUGCCUCCAGUUGUACAAAUGAAGCUCCUCGGCUGCAUAUCCUGUGUAAAAACCUCCCCACGCCUUUACUUGGAUGUGUGACGCAAAUACUGUAAAUUUGAUGCAAGAGAUUUGACAUUUCAUUUUCAUGUCUCUCAUGCGGCUCAUGAUGAUACGGCUCUCCAGGAGAGACAUACACUUUCUAGUUGUGUAUUCAAAGUUUGUGCUCCUCACUUCAUGCUCGAACUAGCACGAUCAGCAAGCUGCCUCCUGAUAGAUGCGGCCAAGCGAGCCCUUUGCGGAUUUGUCUAGUAGAUUUUGUCGCGCAGUGGGAUGUUGCCUGAGACUUGCACAUUUGUCUAGCAGAAUUCAUGCAAUCGUGACCGAACAGUUGGGGACGUUUUCACGGAGGAUACUGCAGAAGAAGCAAAAGAAGGGCCCGGCGAAAGUGAUCGAACAGCCAGCGCUGAUACAACUCGGGAUGCUGGGGCCGAGCGGAAUCCUGCAUUUGGCGAUGUGGACCAUGGGCGCUGCGGCCGCACUCGGUGUCGUCUAAUCAAAAGGAUUCAACUUCUAGUACUUCCACCACUGACGCAUCAAAAUAAAAUACUUAUCACUAUCUCGUACGACCAGGCGGGGACCGCUUAGUUCUCUCGCUACGAGUUGUACGUGGUAUCAAAAUCAAUCCUUUCAACUAUGAUAUUCACGCCCAUUGGCAUUGCCGAAUGAAUGAGAAAGUCGUAGAAUGCGUGAACGAAUGAAUGACUCGAUUAGUUCUUUCAGUUUUCGUUUCGUAGAAAAAAUUCACAAAUCAAAAUCAAUAGAAUCGCUUCCAGCUGCAGUGCUUUGCUGGUGAAAGCACCGCGAGAUAUUGAAAUACAAAACUUCGUAAAAAUUAAUUCAUAAAACCGCGUGGAGUGCGGUAGGAGAGAGAUAAUGACUCUUUUCUACGUGCGAGCCAAGAGAGUUUCAAGCUUAGUUUCAGUUAAUCCGUUUCUUUGCAGUUUUACACGGAAGCAACAACACCCAAAAAUAUCAAUCUCUAUCUCGGGGUUGUAGCCCUUGAAGACACUUCCUGGGCGAACUGCAGCAAUAAAUAGUCUGUAAAGUAGGUCGGUCGAAAACGAAAAGCAGUACCAGUUGCAGUUGUUUUUCUUGGAGCUCAGAACUUUUCGAAGAUGAUUGACACAAGAAUUUUCGAAGAUGACUACAAUCAAUCUGAAUUUUCGACGUUCUUUCAUCUAUCUUGUACAAUUUGACCCCAGAAUGUUGUUUCAAAGUCCCAAAUUAAGUGUGUGACCGAAUAAAUGGAACGAAUUUGUUCGCGCGCGAGUAGUUUUUGAUGUCGG